UCUCUUCUUCUUCAUCAUCAAAACCAACUUAAAGUUUGAUCCCAAAACCAUAUUAAAACUUCAGGUCUCAAAUGGAUAUAUACGAUGGAUCAUAUCAGCUAACAAAAAGAAGCUUCUUUGUAUAUGUUUACUGUAACAACAACUGAAUAAGAUGAACUUAUUUUGCAUAAUCUUUGGAUGGAGAAAAGCUUCUAAAUGCAAGAAACUCAUCAAACGAGUUCAAUGUCGAAUAAAGUUAUCAAAGAACAAGAGAUAUUCUAUUAUAACACAUUUACGUGAAGACAUUAUUCAGCUUCUAAAGAGUGGUCUAGAUCGAAGCGCAUUCGCCCGGGUUGGGCAGCUCUCCAAAGACCAGAAUAUAGUGGCUGCUUAUGAACUACUUGACCAUUUUUGUGAAUUCAUUAUAAUGAACUUAUCGUAUAUUCGGCGAAACAGGGACUGUCCGAAUGACAUUAAUGAAGCAGCAUCAAGUUUGUUGUAUGCUUCUGCAAGAUGUGGUGAUAUGCCUGAGCUGCCUAAGCUACGUAAGUUGUUUGGUGACCGGUAUGGGAAUAGGUUUGCAACUGCUGCAGUGGAAUUGCUCCCGGGAAAUCUAGUGAACCGUCAGUUAAUUAAAAAUCUCUCAGUUGAAUCGACAUCGGUUGACAUCAAAUUCAGAUUGAUGAAAGAAAUAGCUCGAGAAAAUUGCCUCGAAAUGGAUUCUUUACAAACUGAUAUCAAGUGUUGGCAGCAAUCAAAUGAUGUUGACGAGUUUUAUUCCGCGAUGGGCGAAUCUCAUUGGGAUUUACAAGACUCCGACCCUGACAUAGGAUCUCCCUGCAUUGGUGGACUACAAGAUGUGAAGCAAGUAGAGACUCGAGAAGGCACUAAAUUUGAAGCUGUAUUAUCGGAUUCAAGGGAACUAGUUAUCACAACGAAAGUAGACAGAACUAAUUUCGAAGCAUUGCCAUCAGAUUCCAGGGAACUGGUUAUUGCAAGCAAAGUAGACAUUCCAGAGAAAUUGGACACAAUGGGUGAACUCAAAGUCAUUUUUCAGGAUAGAAUUACUAGCCAGAGAAAUUCAGGAAUAUGCAGCACUCCGAGUGAAGUCUCUAAUUCUUCUGUACCACACAGGAUUGAAGCACUAACAGGAGUUACCACAUCUGAGAGUUCAUUUCAGAUUUCAGAUAAAAAUAUUGUUUAUCUGGACGACGUUGAGGAAUUUGAACCUAGCAUACAAGUGGAUGGCAAUUUUAAGGAGCUAAGGCUCUUUAUGUUUAAGUCAGCGUAUGUACCUCCUGGAAAAGAAUUUACUCAUGAUAAAAUUGUUGGAGAUAGCAAUAGAGCUAGUUUACCUGAUUUAUUUCUUGGUCUUCAUGACGGUCAAAUAAAGAAACCAGUUUCAUCUGAUGGUAAAACAAGUUCAAAGAGUUCUACCAAGAGGAGGAAAUCAUCGAGGAGAAAAUUGAACAGGCGAUAUUUAUAUAUGAUGGAGAACCAAACGGCGGUCUGUUCAAGCAUCAAGGAUACUGAAUAUGCCUUUUACUAUUAUGAUUCACAGCAUAACCGAAGAAAGAACCAAAAGAGCAUGUCAGUUGGUGACCGUGGGGGGUUUUCAAUUUACGGUAACGAAAUUAAGUAUUUUUCUUCCCAACAGUGGUGUCGAGAACUGAGAUCUCCAGAGGAAAUGGAAGAGAAAUUUCAAUCUCAUAAAUGGAAGUGUCAGAAAAAAGCUAAGAGUAGUUGUGGGUUUGAUUGUGCCACUGCAGCUGAAUGUUCAUUAGAUCAUCCAUGUUAUUUCGUCACCGGUGAUGUUUUAGAUGAUUGGGAAAGUCCAACUAGUGGGAGCACAAAAUUAUUGGCGUGUCCAAAGGGAAAAACAGGAUCCUUUUCUCACUGUAAGAAACUGAGAGUAAAUAGAGACUGUAACCGCAUCCAACUCAUGCAUAGAGCCGCAGUUCCUGAAAUACGACAUGAGCAAGCGAGAGAGAAACUCGCACCCGUUGGUCAAGAAAACUAUGCUUCGUCUCGUGAAUCAUGCACCAGGGAAACGAGUCCAUGGAAGAACAAAAAUGUACGUCCACCGUAUUUGAAGGCCAAGAUACUGCCACCACCUCAGAAGGACAAAGCAACACCAAUGGAUCAGUUUAUAAGGCCAGUCUCAUUUCAGUCUCAACAACGUGCUAGCACUUCAAACAACAGUUCUUCCUCGUCUUGCAGCCAUAUCCAUCCAAAGCUACCGGAGUACGAUGAUUUAGAACCCAGAUUCUUAGCUAUUAAGAGAGAACAACAUUCAGGAAGUAGUAUUAGUUUGAAUUGA